AUGCCUGAGGCUCCCAAAGAAUCCGGCGAGCAGACCAUGGCCGACAACAACCGGAAGAAACUGGAGUACAUCGAGGACGUGACCAAGAACGCCGACGAGGUCCAAGAGCGUGUCUUGUCCGAGAUACUGUCCAGGAAUGCCGACGUCGAGUACCUGAGGAGGUACGGCCUCGACGGGAGAACCGACCGCGACACUUUCAAGAAGACUUUGCCCGUCGUCGCCUACGACGACAUCCUGCCCGAUAUCAACCGCAUAGCCAACGGAGACACCUCCCCCAUUCUCUGCUCCCAACCCAUCUCCGAGUUCCUCACCAGUUCGGGGACAUCUGCCGGUGAACGGAAGAUGAUGCCGACGAUCGAAGAGGAGAUGGGUCGGAGGUCCCUUCUCUACAGCCUGCUGAUGCCGGUGAUGAGCCAGUCGGUCCCUGGGCUCGACAAGGGCAAAGGCAUGUACUUCCUCUUCAUCAAAUGCGAGACCAAAACCCCCGGCGGCCUCCCGGCUCGCCCCGUCCUCACCAGCUACUACAAAUCCUCCCACUUCAAAAAUCGGCCCUACGACCCUUACACCAACUACACCUCCCCCAACGAGGCCAUCCUCUGCCCGGACUCCUACCAGAGCAUGUACGCCCAGAUGCUCUGCGGCCUCUGCCAGCGCCUCGAGGUCCUCCGUGUCGGUGCUGUCUUCGCCUCGGGCUUCAUCCGAGCCAUCCGCUUCCUCGAGAAGCACUGGUCCAUCCUCGCCCAAGACAUCCGUGCCGGGACUCUCAACCCACUCAUCACCGACCCAUCUGUCCGGGAAGCCGUCGCCCGGGUUCUCAAACCCGACCCAGAUCUCGCCGCCUUCGUGGAGGCCGAGUGCGGCGGCCAUGAGUCAUGGCAGGGGAUUAUCACCCGCAUCUGGCCCAACACGAAAUACGUGGACGUCAUUGUAACCGGGACCAUGUCCCAGUACAUCCCGACACUCGAGUACUACACGGGCGGCGGCCUCCCCCUCGUCUGCACCAUGUACGCCUCCUCCGAGUGCUACUUCGGAGUCAAUCUCGACCCGCUCUGCAAGCCUAGCGAAGUCGCCUACACUCUCAUCCCCACCAUGUGCUACUACGAGUUCUUACCGGUCAACCGCAACAAGAAGGACCAGCACGAUCUCAUUGACCUAGUCGACGUCCAGCUCGGCCAGGAGUACGAACUCGUCGUCACCACCUAUGCCGGGCUGUACAGGUAUAGAGUCGGGGACGUGCUUCGCGUGGCGGGAUUCAAGAACAACGCCCCGCAGUUCAAUUUCGUGUGCCGCAAGAACGUGGUGCUGAGCAUCGACACGGACAAGACGGGGGAAGUGGAGCUGCAGAACGCAGUGCGGAGUGCUGCAGGCCACCUGGCCCCUUUCGGGGCCAGUCUGACCGAGUACACGAGCUACGCGGACACGAACACUGUCCCUGGGCACUACGUGCUGUACUGGGAGCUCGGGCAAGGGUCGGAGGGAAUCCCGGCCUCGGUGAUGGAGGAGUGCUGCUUGGCGGUGGAGGACUCGCUGGACACGGUGUACAGGCAGAACCGAGUGUUUGAGGCGAUCGGGCCACUAGAGAUCAAGGUAGUGGAGAGUGGGACGUUCGACAAGCUGAUGGAUUACGCGAUCAGUCAGGGGGCAUCGAUUAACCAGUACAAGACUCCCAGGUGCGUUAAGUACGCGCCACUCGUGGAGCUUCUUAACUCUAGGGUCGUGGGGAGUUAUCUGAGCCCGAGGUGCCCCAAGUGGACCAGCCCGGGACUCGCGCUGUGGGAGGAACAGGAACAACAACAACAACAGUAA